CACUUGGAUUCAGUGCCCAAGCAGAGAGAGAGAGAGAGAGGAGCCAAGCCAUGGCCAUGUUCUCCUUAAGUUCAUUUUCAUUCCUACUCUCUCUCUCCUUUACUUCUUUCCUUCUGUCUUCACAUAUCCUCUUCUUCUCCAUCUCCACUGCUUUUCAAUCUGAAGUUGAGGAUGAAUCACCCUUCACCUACGCGGAAGGAAGUGAAAAAGGACCAGCAAAAUGGGGGCAGAUCGAUCCGAAUUGGCAAGUUUGCAACAGUGGAAAGAUGCAGUCUCCCAUUGACAUCCCUUUCCCAAAAGUUCAGGUCUCCCCUGAUUUGGGCAAAUUGAAGAGGGACUACAAGCCAUCCCCUGCCUCUAUUAAAAAUAGGGGUCACGAUAUCUCCGUUUCAUGGAAAGAGGAAGCAGGAAAAAUUAACAUAAAUGGAACUUACUAUGAACUCCUCAAAUGUCACUGGCAUUGCCCUUCAGAGCACACCUUGAAGGGAACAAGGUAUGAGAUGGAGCUUCAUAUUGUCCAUAUGAGCUCCAAUGAUGAAGCAAUUGCUGUUACAGGAAUUUUAUACAAAUAUGGCCGACCUGAUCCUUUCCUUGCCAAGCUGCUGGAACACAUCAAAUCGAUUGGGAAGGAAGAAAAGGAGCUGGGCAUAGUAAACCCAGGAGACAUCAAGUUUGGGAGCAGAAAGUACUACAGAUACAUGGGUUCUCUUACAACCCCUCCAUGCACGGAGGGUGUUGUUUGGACAGUACUCAACAAGGUGAGAACGGUUUCAAGGGAGCAAGUUAAAGCAUUAAGGGAUGCUGUCCAUGAUGGAUUUGAGGCAAAUGCAAGGCCAAUACAACCACUGUAUGGAAGAAGCAUUUUGUUCUACACUCCUAAGAUAGGAUAAAUAAAAUCAAUACUCAACUCCACAACCAAGGUUCUGUAGUGUAUGUUCUCAAAUAAGUAUCUAGGAUGGCAUUGCCUGCCUCCAUUUUAAAAGUAAAUGAUUGUAUUGACUAAGUUAUAGUACAAGGCUUUAUGCUUGGUAUUAUUUGUCAGUAUUGACAAAGUUACAAUACAAGGCUUUACGCUUCGUAU